AUGGUAGCAACAACAAACACCGAAGAAACAAGACGAGUCAAUCUCGUGGAGGCAAAUCGCUUUAGCAAAUGGACGAAGAUAACAAGAACAACGGUAAGAAUAUUAAAAUUUCUCAAAAAAUUAUCUAGGGGAAAAUUAACUUGGUUAAGUAGUAUAUCAGAAAGAAAUCUGAUUACACCAGAGGAUUAUAAUCUUGCUGUGGAAUUACUAAUAAAACAAUCCCAAUCAGAAGGUAUAUCAGCAGAAGUGAAAAGAAUGAGAAAGCUUUAUUGGAUUCCAAAAGGAAGGGCUGAAAUCAAGAAGGCUUUGAACCGCUGUAUGAUGUGCAAACAAUGGAAGGCCAAGCCAUUCAAAUUACCGCUUAUGCCAAAUUAUCCGCAACAGCGGAUCACUAAAUCAAGAACGCUUGGACGAAUUGGCCUUGACUACUUGGGGCCGGUUACUGUGAAGAUACAAUUCGAGAGAGCAAAGCGAUGGAUCGCUUUGUUCACAUACUUCACCACCAGAGCGGUACAUUUGGGAAUGGUAGACGAUCUAUCAGCGGAAAGCUUUCUAACUGCAUCAAGAAGAUUCGUUGCACGACGCGGCUAUCCCGAACUCAUUCUUUCGGACAAUGCCACCCAAUUUCAGGCAAGCGGUGGAAUCUACGAAAGACUAAUCGGCCUAACAAAGAAGAGUUUAAGAAGAGCUAUUGGUAGACGACUGCUUAAGGAAGGGGAAUUAAUUACAUUAAUUAUCGAAGUAGAAAGUACUCUUAAUAUGCGCCCCUUGACUUACGAUGACUCAAUUAUCUUACGACCAAUAGACUUCAUUUUACCCAAUGCUUCCUUGUUUAUACCAAAUGGCAAUAACGACAAUGAAGACGAAUUCACACUUCAUAAACCAACCACGCAAGAAAGACUACUUAAACAUUGGUCGAGCACAUUAGAAACAUUAAAUGUAUUUUGGGAGAUAUGGAAGGAUCAGUACUUAAAUAGCUUAAAGGAUCGACACCAAUUAGAACAUAAGUCUCCGAGAAAUGUAGCGAAGAGAGAGCCAAUAGGAAAAGUGGUACUGUCAGAUGAGCAUCAUGCACCACGCGGUACCUGGAAAUCAGCAAGAAUAAAGAAAUUAAACGUAGCCAACGAUGGGUAUGUCAGGAGCCCUCAGACCGAAACACCAUCAGGAAAACUUCUAAGUAGACCAGUAAACAUGUUGUAUCCAUUCGAAGUUUCCCCAGAAGAACAAUCUAUUCAGGGAACCCCGUGA